AUGAUCCAUCAGCCAGGCCACCCAGAAGACAGAUUUAUAUUACACUGGCUUGACGACUCUCGUGCGCAAAGAAUAUUGUGGAUACUUGAGAUCUUACAACUAGACUAUGAAGUGAGAAUAUACUUGAGACAUCCACAAACGUGGCGUGGUCCAACACAAUUAUUUGACGUUCACCAGACUGGUAAGUCGCCAAUUGUGGAAAUAAUACAUGGCGACGGAAGGCCUCCAAUCAAGAUUGCUGAAAGUGGGUUUAUAAUCCUGUAUAUUCUUAGAAAUUACGAUCCAAACUAUAUCUUAACUCCAACUGAUCCAAAUGAGCAACUUGAAGUUGAAUACUGGCUACAUUACAGCGAGGGGUCAUUGCAACACCUACAAAUGGCAUUGUUGAUAAAUUCAGUAGCCAAGCAUAUAGCACCUCGUGGGUUAAAAAGCGUUGCAAAUUUAGUAGCCAAGGGGAUAAAUAACGGGUACUAUGUCCAUGAGUGGAGGAUGAAUAUGCAGUAUUGUAAUGAUAGAUUAGCCGAAAACGGCACGGGUUUCUUUGUUGGGAAUAAAUUAACCGCUGCAGAUAUUAUAUUGAGCUUCCCAAUAUAUGAGAACAUAUUUGAUAAUUUAGAAGGCGUGAAGGAUUGUAUUCACGAAAAAAGAGAUUUGAGAAAGGUAUGGCCAUAUUUGGCUAAAUGGUGCCGAAUGAUAAAAAAUAUACCAUCUUACAAGAAAAUCAACCAAAUGAUGGAUGAGGAAGUGGAGGAUUUGAUUGCACUCGAUCCCAAAUUUGACUAUGCUAAGGAGUAA